AUGACUUCGCGUUCUGCCCUAAACCUCUCUCUGCAAUAUCCUCCUGCUCGCAGAGAUGACACCGUCGUUGAAGACUACCAUGGCGUCAAAAUUGCGGAUCCUUACCGAUGGCUCGAAGAUCCUGAUGCGGAAGAAGUGAAAGAGUUCGUAGACAGACAGGUUACACUCACGGAUUCGGUUCUUCAAAAAUGCGAAACUAGAGUGAAGCUUAGGGAAGCGAUAACUAAGCUUUUUGACCAUCCUCGUUAUGAGUCGCCGUUUAGACGAGCGGAUAAGUACUUCUACUUCCACAACACUGGGCUUCAGCCACAAAAUAUCCUAUAUGUGCAGGAGAGUUUGGAGGGAGAGGCAGAGGUGUUACUCGAUCCCAACGGCUUCAGUGAAGACGGAACUGUGUCGCUGAGCACUCUGUCAGUGAGCGAAGAUGGCAAAUACUUGGCUUAUGCGCUUAGUUCAAGCGGUAGCGAUUGGACGACAAUAAAAGUGUUGCGGAUCGAGGACAGGAAUGUUGAGCCAGAUACUUUAUCGUGGGUAAAGUUUUCCUCAAUUAGUUGGACGCAUGACAACAAAGGUUUCUUUUAUAGCCGCUAUCCAGCACCCAAAGAUGGAGAAGAAGUAGAUGCUGGGACUGAAACAAAUGCUAACCUUCAUCAUCAGCUCUAUUACCAUUUUCUAGGUACAGAUCAAUCAGAAGAUAUUUUGUGCUGGAGAGAUCCUGAAAACCCCAAAUAUACGUUUGGAGGAAGUGUUACUGAUGAUGGCAAGUACAUCCUUCUCUAUAUUGCAGAAGGGUGCGAUCCAGUUAACAAACUUUACUACUGUGACUUGUCCCAAAUUCCAAAUGCGCUGGAAGGAUUUCGGAAUGAAAAUUCCCUCCUCCCAUUUGUCAAACUUAUUGAUAACUUUGAUGCACAGUAUGAAGCCAUUGCCAAUGAUGACACUGUAUUUACAUUCUUAACUAAUAAAGAUGCUCCAAAAUAUAAAUUAGUCCGAGUGGAUUUCAAAGAACCAACUGUGUGGGCUGAUGUUCUCCAAGAGUCUGAAAAAGAUGUUCUUGAGUCAGCAUGUGCUGUAAAUGGUAACCAACUGAUAGUGAGUUACUUGAGCGAUGUAAAGUAUGUUCUUCAAGUUAGAGACUUAAAAACGGGCUCCUUGCUGCAUCAAUUACCAAUUGACAUUGGCUCAGUAUCUGAAGUUUCUGCACGGCGCAAAGAUAGUGUGGUUUUCAUUAGCUUUACAAGCUUUUUAACCCCUGGUAUCAUCUACCAGUGUAAUCUGGGAACAGAGAUUCCUGAUAUGAAGAUAUUUCGUGAAAUUGUUGUCCCUGGGUUUGACCGGUCCCAAUUUCAUGUUAAACAGGAUUUUGUGAGUAGUAAAGAUGGUACCAAGAUCCCAGUGUUCAUUGUCGCUAAAAGGGAUAUUAUUUUGGAUGGAUCACACCCAUGCUUAUUAUAUGGAUAUGGCGGUUUUAACAUCAGCAUUACACCAUAUUUCAGUGUCAGUCGCAUUGUAAUCACAAGACAUUUAGGUGUUGUUUUCUGCAUAGCAAAUAUUCGUGGUGGUGGGGAAUAUGGGGAGGAUUGGCAUAAAGCAGGCUCCCUUGCAAGAAAGCAGAAUUGCUUUGAUGACUUCAUUUCUGCAGCUGAAUACCUUGUAUCCACUGGUUAUACUCAACCCAAAAAGUUAUGCAUCGAAGGUGGAAGCAAUGGUGGACUUCUUGUUGGUGCUUGUAUAAAUCAGAGACCUGAUUUAUUUGGGUGUGCUCUGGCUCAUGUUGGUGUUAUGGACAUGCUACGGUUCCACAAAUUUACUAUAGGUCAUGCUUGGACCUCAGAUUAUGGUUGUUCGGAUAAGGAGGAAGAGUUUCAUUGGCUAAUCAAAUACUCACCACUACAUAAUGUCCGGAGACUGUGGGAACAACAUCCUGAUCAGACUAUUCAGUACCCAUCAACCAUGCUGUUGACAGCUGAUCAUGAUGAUCGUGUUGUGCCACUGCAUACAUUGAAGUUAUUAGCGACCAUGCAGCAUGUCCUUUGUACUAGUUUGGAAGAAAGUCCCCAGACAAACCCUAUAAUUGGUCGCAUUGACUGCAAAUCUGGACAUGGGGCUGGACGUCCAACACAGAAAAUGAUCGAUGAAGCUGCUGACCGGUACAGUUUUAUGGCUAAAAUGUUAGAAGUGCAUUGGAUCGAAUAG